UCCGGAAUAUCUCACCACUAUGAUCAGAUUGCUCGUGAUACUUCUCUAUCGGGGACUAUUAUUAGCGACCAGGGAUCUGAGUCGAUGCUUUGCGUGCUGCCCUGGGUUUCGGGAUAUGCUUGUAAACGACGGUCAUGUGCUUCAUUUUAAUUCGGAUGCCGAUAUAGACGACAAGUUCCUAUCGCUGCAAUCCUGCGUUACGAAACUCGAUGACAAGUCAUUCCCACACAGAAUCAUGGCCACAGAACUCAACCGACUUGUUCUCGCAAACAAGGAAAAGAGAAUCUCACCCAUGACUAUGCGGUAUAUAGACUACGUGAGUACAUUCUGUGAGCUGGAAGGUGAAAUACAUGCUCUUUGUCCCCAGGCCACCUUGCUCAUUGAGGCAUCAAAAAACACUUGUUUUGAGGCCGUUCAGAAAUGGGUCGAGAACGAAUACCCAAAUCACGAAAUACUCUUCACCUGCACUAGGCCGGACAAAUCCAAGUUGCGCUUGUUUGAGCGGAGUACCGGGAUCCCCGACGCCCGAGAUUGGACAUACCCAGUCGACAAAAUACGGACCAAAGAGCGAACAGAAACGAUGCAAACUACGGAGAAAUACUUGGACAUGGUCUGGCAAAGGUAUGAUUCGUACAUCCGACAUCAUACCACGCCACGAGGUUGGCAAGUAUUCACGGACGUGUUUCCGGCAAACACCGCAUUGUCGCGCACCCCAGAUUGGGUGGCACCAGCACUACGAGCCGCAAAGAAGACGCCAGAGGCCACUGCCCCCGUUGCUCCGGCCGAGCCAGCCACAACGACCUUGGUAUCUCGCCCCAAACCCAGCGAAGUGUUCGUGCUGAACCGCAAAGCAUACAAGCCCUUUAGCAUACUCUUUUUCCAGCCCACGGUCAGCGACGAGCCCGGCAUGAUCCCAUGGACCGACUUUCUGUACGCGCUGAAUGCCAUCGGGCUCGUGCCCGAGAAGCGGUACGGCUCGGUGUGGUGUUUCACACCCAACGAAAGUUUCGUCAGCAAGGUCAAGGUCGAGACGCCUAUCACCUUUGAUGAGCCGCACCCGGAGUCGAAGCUGCCGUAUCUGACGUCGCGAUAUUACGGGCAAUGGUUGUAUCGCACGUACGGGCUUGAUAGAUCGUCCUUUCAGCUCGAGUAG